GUGCCGCCGCUGUGGUAACGCCGUGGUACCGCUGCAGGUGCGCCUGGCAAUAGCCGAAAAAGCCCUCAAGUGCGAAGAGCACGAUGUAAACCUGCCGCUGAGCGAGCACAACGAGCCGUGGUUCAUGCGCUUGAAUUCCUCUGGAGAAGUACCUGUCCUGAUCCAUGGGGAAAACAUCAUUUGCGAGGCAACGCAGAUUAUCGAUUACCUGGAAGCGACGUUUGUGGAUGAGGGAGUGCCAAGAUUAAUGCCAGAAGAAGGGAGCAUGUAUUAUCCAAGGGUGCAGCACUACAGAGAGCUUUUAGACUCCUUGCCUAUGGAUGCCUACACACAUGGCUGCAUCCUGCACCCUGAGUUAACAGUGGACUCCAUGAUUCCGGCCUAUGCUACCAGCAGAAUUCGUAGUCAAAUAAGUAACACAGAAUCAGAGCUGAAAAAACUUGCGGAAGAAAAUCCAGACCUUCAAGAUGCCUACAUAGCAAAACAGAAGCGCCUUAAAUCUAAACUGCUGGAUCAUGAUAAUAUAAAAUACCUAAAGAAGAUAUUGGAUGAACUGGAAAAAGUUUUGGAUCAGGUUGAGACUGAAUUGCAGCGGCGAAAUGAGGAAACACCAGAAGAUGAAAAUCAGCCUUGGCUCUGUGGUGACUUCUUCAGUCUGGCAGAUGUGUCACUUGCUGUCACAUUACAUCGCCUGAAGUUUCUGGGAUUAGCAAGAAGAAACUGGGGAAAUGGAAAGCGACCCAACUUGGAAGCCUAUUAUGAGCGUGUCCUGAAGAGAAAAGCAUUUUACAAAGUUUUAGGACACGUCAACAAUAUAUUAAUCUCAGCUGUGCUGCCAACAGCAUUCCGUGUGGCCAAGAAAAGAGCUCCCAGGGUUCUCGGCACCACCCUGCUGGUCAGCGUGCUGGCAGGAAUGGGUUAUCUGGCUUUCAUGUGUCUCCGGAAGAGGUUUACCAACGUGAUUCUAUCGUUUAGAACCAGGCAAAGUUAUUUUUAGACCCAUCUGUCCCUGGUGGUGAGGGGAGGGCAUCUCCACCCACCCUGGAAAAUAUCCCCAAUAAAAUAUAAACAUAGAAGGAUUAUGUCUCUGAAUUAGAACAUUGUCACGCAGUAAUCAUCUCCUGCUAUUGUAGAACUGGAUUGGAAAUGCCGAGAUACUUGUGGAAAACACGUGUAGGAGGGACAACAAAGGAAAGAAGGGACUUUCUUUUCAGACAAGGACCUGUGAGGACUGUGACGGUGCUUUGUUGAAGUGGCGACUGUCUCCUUUACACAGUAGCUGACCUAAUUAUAAUGCUUUUGUUUAAUAGAUAUGCAGCAAUGUGACAGCUUUUCACUGUGGAUGAAAUGCAUUACGGUGCAGAAACCAGCACUGUUGAAAUACAGAAAAUAGCACUUACUCUAA